AUGAGGUUCGUCCAAUAUAUCCCGACUGGAAUUCCAAACGAAGACGGUGAGUUCCCAGGAAGGAACUAUACAGUUGGAAAAGUCAUACAACAACUGUAUGAUAUUAGGAAAGCUUCAAACCCCAAACUUGCAAUGACACUCAAAUUGCUUAUGAAUUCGACAUGGGGAUAUUCCAUUAAGAAACCUCAAAAGAUGAAGAGUAAACACUAUGAGAAGGUCGACAACUUUGUUGAAAGGUUCUCCCCUUUUGUUUUGAAAUACGAAUUUACUCAAGGUCAAGGUGGCUUAGUAACCACAGUAAAACCUAUUGUCGAACAUUGGUCUUACCCUCAGUUCGCAAAGGCAGUCCUUGACAACUACAACAAAUUCUUCUCCGAAGUUAAAUCCAAAGUGAAGGUUUACUAUGAGAACAUCGAUGCGCUCAUGACGAACGAAGAAGGCUAUAACAAACUCAUUGAAAUGGGAAUGGUCGGUGAAAAGAUGGGUCAAUUCAAAUUGGACAAAAUUUUCACCGAAGUUCAUGUCCUCUCCAAGCGUAAGUACUGGGGCAUACUUGAAGACGGCACAGAAAUAAAACAUUGCAUGAAAUAA